GUCCGGUGCUGCCUGGCUACCCAUAAAGUGAAGCUCGGCAGGCGGCGCGGCAGACACUCUCUCUUCCUCCCUGGACACGGCCGCUACACACCAUGAUCGGGUUGAAAAAGCUCCUCCUCCUCCUCUUUCUGGUCCUCCCCGCCAUCGUAGCCUUAACAGAUGGAGGGCGAAUGACAGCGAUGGCCCAAGAGGAUGAGGUGGAAGGAGAGGAGGAUGAAUUGACAGACGAUGAUGAAGUGAAUGUGGAUGACGGAACUGGGGCGGAAGUGGAAACAGCUGAUGGCACUGAAGAAGAGGAAGAGGAAGAUGAAGAAGAAGCUGCUGCCAAAGGUUCACCUGAUGCUGACACAGUCAUCCUCUUCACCAAACCUGUGGGCACUGGCACAGAACUGCCUGCUGGUAAGCUUGUGGAAUUCCUUGUUGGGUUCACCAACAAUGGAGACAAAGACUUUGUUUUGGAUGCCAUUGAUGCUUCUUUCCGCUACCCAAUGGACUUCAACUUCUACAUCCAGAACUUCACUGCCAUCCCCUACAACCGUGCUGUCAAGCCCCGCCAGGAGGCAACUGUUCUGUACUCCUUCUACCCCGCUGAAGCCUUUGCUGCCCGGCCCUUGGGACUUACAGUUAACCUGGCGUACCAUGAUGCUGAUGGCAACGCCUUCUUAGAAGCAGUUUUCAACCAGACUGUGAGCAUUGUUGAGUUAGAUGAGGGCAUGGACGGGGAAACAUUCUUCCUGUACGUGUUCCUGCUAGCCUUUAGCGUGCUGCUGCUGGUGGCUGGACAUCACUUUCUCUCCUCAUUCGGCCGCAAGAAGGGAAGCAAGAAGGCUGUCGUGGAGGUGGGCACCAGCAAACGUGACGAUGUGGACUAUGACUGGCUUCCCAAGGAAGUCCUCAAUGAGAUCAAGAAAACUCCCCGCCAGUCACCCGGGACCAGGAAGGCUAAACGUGUCGCUAGUUCUAAGUAAGUCCUCGGAGCUCUCCAAGGAUGACAUGCAGUUGGUUGCUAUAAGCAGCCAUCAUCAGGAAGAGCUGGAUGACAGAGAAGAGGAAGAGCAGCUCAUAAAAUGCUCAAGUUUUAAGGAUUUUGAGAACAUCAAGUGUGUUUUUGUACUGUUGAUUACAUGGGAUGGGGUGUUGAUGGUGCUGGUUGCAUCCCAUGUAGAUUUCAUAAACUUUCCUUCUAGCCCUAGAUUCUCAGUAUUGUGGAUCAUGUUGGUAUUCCCCUUGCAGCCCCGAAACACUAUACAGGGGUGCCCCCAGAGUGGUCUUCAGGUGUGGUGACUUGGUUUGUUCACAACCCUCAUUCACAUGUUUUUCCCUCACAAGUCAUCACAUCUGAAGAUUGCUUUGGGGGCAGCAAUGUAUGGUAGUGCUAAUGUUUCCGGAAAAGUUGGAUUUUUUUUUUUUUCCAUCAAUAAAACUGAUUAUCACUUUGUAAAAAACUUGGAAAAUGUCUAUAAGAACCAAUAAAACUUUUCCAUACA